AUUGAAAUCACAAAUAAUGUAAUAUUUCCGGUAGUGUAUGCUGAUUACAAACGCAUGUAAACAAACAAGCAAAUAAUAGUUGCGAUAAACACCACUACGAGGCUAUACUAGUAAGAAUGAUUGCGAAGAGUGGAACCAUAUUCUGUUCAAUGGUCGCCUUAUCGAUGUCCAUUUUGGAAGCAUCGGAACACACGGAUCCGUUCUCGUGCUUUGCUGACAUUUGCAAUGUUAACGCCGAGGCGCAGUUUUGUGACGUUGUCGCCAGGAAAUGUCGUCAGUGUAGCGAUGUCAGAGACGACUGUUUUACUCGACUUCAGACAAUAAACUGCACACAGUUCUGUUAUGAUGCUAGAUUUAACUCUGACAGAGAGAAGAUUCGUGUUGCGGGAUGUGAUGUUCCAUCGACACCAAAAAACGGUCACUAUAAAGUCAACUCAACACGGGUAGCCUACAAUGCCAAUAUGGAUGUCACUUGCGACAUUGGAUAUGCCCUUGUUCAAACUGAGGCUUUGAAAUGCAGCAAUUAUUCAAUGUGGAGUGGGUCAAUACCUAAAUGCGAAGGUUCAUUGAACACCUUCUUAACACUGACUUUAGUGAUGGGUGUAUUUUUAACUGUGUCUGUGUCUGGGAACAUAUUCAUGUUUAUAAAGAUCAAACGAUGUAAAGGAAAAACUCAAAACAACCACGGUGUAAACAAAAAUGUUGAAGGAAACCCGUCAAUAGAAACAAAUUCUUCGACAGAAAUACUCAGUCCACUAGAGAACGGGAACACAGAACGUAAAAUACCAGAUCAGUUAAAUGAACACGACGAUAGCAUCAACGAUGUCUGUGAGUCCCUGAUACCAGUCCAUAACUCGAGUUCGCGAUUGGAAUCGAACUCUCCUUACCAAUCUAAAAAGAACACACAAGCUCGAUCGGACAGUCCGAUUGUGACUCAACCUGAGCUAGGAGACACGGGGGAAGAUGUUAAGAUUGCUUACAAUCAUGGGGCAUUUCACCCUUUGGACAUUGAGUUGAAUAAGCGGUUGUAUUGAGUUGGCUGACAUUGACACAAAACAUGUAUUUAUCUGAAAGUAGCUGACGAUGAUCGUGAGGUACCUUUAUAGUUUGAAACUGUAUUUCAAAUAUGCAUUUACAUCACGCUAAUGCAGUUUAACUAACGUAUUUUCUCAAAAUGAACUACUAAACAAUACAAAUAUAAACUAUUGACAUAAGUUGCUUUCACGAGUUAAUGCUUUAAUUGCGUUCCAAAGGACAUAACAGCUUUUGUUUAGUUGAUUUCUAAAUAAAGUAGCAAGCGACUAAAAACAUAAAAUAUAAGCUAUUAGUUAUUAAAAUUAGUUUGAUACGUUCAUCAAAGUUUUGUCAGUAUUCAAUAACAAUGCACUAUUUAACAUACAUCUCUAAAAAAGGGAAAUACUAUUUAACAUACAUUAAGUUCUAACUGCAAAUAAGACAGAUGCAGUAUUCUUAAAUUGAGUUAUAUCUUUUGUGGGUUUUAUUUAUUACAACAGAUACGUUUAAUAAUCUAUGUACAACAUAAUGUUUUUUGGUGAAAAACAUGCGUAAUGAAUAGACGAUUAAAUAAAUCUGUUAUGCCUCAAGAACUUCACUAAAUCUCAUAUUAAUACAAUUUUUUCAAACCAUAACUGGUCAUUACAAAUUAAAAUGCAACACCCAAUGGCAAUGGUAACGGAAAUAUUCAUUUAAUAAUAACUUUACACUUAAUUUUGAAGUCGGAUAAGGCUCUGUCAUAUGACUACAUGUACACGCAUUGAUUUAUGAAUAAGCAAUUUGAUGAAAACAAAAUGUGAUAGCAAGUGAAUAGAUAUCCAUGCCAUUAUGAAUUUUGCUUUAUUUUAAUUUUACGUUAUAUUUUUAUUAAACGUUGUAGCAUA